AUGCAUACACGAAACAGAGUGUCUGAAUCCUUGCCACCUCCGGUGCAACACCCGACUCGCCGAACUGAAUCAAUCAAGGCCGCCAAGGCCGCCGUGGUGGAGAAGGACGCCGCCAUCGCCAAGAGCCUGCAGCUGGCGAGGAAGGAGAAAGAUGCCUUCGACAUGGACCUUAAGGCCGCGAAUGCCGAGGCUGGCCGUUUCAGGGACAUGGUUGAGACCAGGGCGGACAUGGACGACGAGUACAGGGCGUUAGCCGAGGCAUCCGACACCCUCGACGAGCGAGUCCAAGACUACGAGGCAAGGCUCAGGGUCCUCGCGGAGGAGAAUGACGGCAUCAGGGCUGACUACUCGGCCGAGAUCAAGAGCAUGGAGGCGGAGCGGUCGUCCAUGCGGGAGCGCAUCGCUAACCUGGAGAGCGCUCUGACGUCGUCGGAGACGGCUAUCGACCAGCAGCGAGCGGACCUCCAGGCUGAGCUACGGAAGUUGUAG